GUUGUGGUGAGCGGUUGGUUAACUUGUACGCAAGUUCGCAAGUUCGUUUUUGUAACGUUGAUGACGGCGGUGAAAAGCAACGUUUGGCUUAAACUUUUUCGCAUUAAAGUUUUGUAACGUGUUUGAGCGGAAAGUCGCGCUUGAAAGCAAAGAAAGAGUCCCAAAAAAUAAUUGCAAUUCGCAUAAUUAAGAAAAAAAUCAACCAUUUAAUUCAAAACUGUGUUUUGUGCGUGUGUGUGCUCAACGUAAAAAGAACAACAUUUUGUUGUUGUGUGCUGCACAAAGCUGCAGUGUUUAUUGGUCGAGUGUGCGAUUUUUAUUGCGAGAGCUCGGGAAAUUUGUGUAAAUCGAUUCAUAUAGGAGAAAAUUGUAGAGAAAGGAUUUUAAGUAAAAAAAUAUACAAAUCGUGAAAUUCUUUCUCUGAAAAAGAAGCAAGUGAAAAAUAUAUAAGUACAACUAUAUUUUGUGCAAAUUGGAAAAAAUAUAAACCAAAAAGUUAUGGUUCAAGUGAUAUAGUGGAGUAAAGGAAACACAAAUUGCUCAUUGUGUGUUGCUUAUGUUGUUGCUACAAUUGCGACGCAUCGUGUUGUUUUCGCUGCCAACAACUUUUAAUUCUCUACACUAAAUGAAAAAUCGCCUUUUGGCUGGUAAAUAUCUGAAGAGGUUAAUAACAGCGCGAUAAAAAUACGAAAAUAGAAGAAACGAAAAUUGAAAAACGCACAUUUGCUGAAAUUUUCCUUUGGCGGUACAGUAGCAGCGAUAAUGUCGACAACUUCGUCUAUUGAUACACCCACAUCUCCGAGUGCGCCAUUGCCAUCCCAUCAAUCACAUCAUAACCACCACCACCACCGCCAUCAACAUCAACCUCAACAACAUCAAUACCAACAACAUCAACAUCAGCAUCAGCACCAUCCGCAUCAGCAUCAGCAUACGACCACAGCAAUUGUUGUCAGCGCUGGCGCUGGCUCCGGCCAUCAUCACACCAAUUCGGUCAAUAAUUUCACUCACUUCAGCCGUCAUCGCACCCACUCGUCCUCAUCUUCAUCGAAUAAUUCUUUUAGCGGCGUCACUGGCGGUGUUACCUCCAUGAAGUCUGGCACAGCAGUAGGUAACACCAAUAAUGGCAACGGUAACGGCAAUGGCAACGGCAACGGCAACUCUAAUGGCAAUGGCAACGGCAACGGUAAUAACUAUAAACCAAAUAACAGCAAUGACGGCAGUAGCUCCAGUGGUAACGGCUGUGGUGGUGGCAAUGCGGGCAAUAUGCACAAUCAGUCGACACACUCACUACUGACCCCGUCAUCGUCGACAUCUUCGUCACCUUCAGUAUCGGCCUCGGCCUCCACUUCGGCUGCUGUGCAUCACUCACAUCCGUACCAACAACAACAACAACAACAGCAUCCCCCGUUGCAGCAGCAGCAACAACAGCAACAACAACAAUACACUUCGUAUUCACAACGCGGCGUUGCAAGGCCAUCAACGUCAUUCUCGACCCCUGACGGCGCCGUAACCGCUGUGGCCGUCACGACCAUCUCCACGAACACACCGGGCAGCAUGAAGCGCCAUCACACCGACGUAUCGGUGUGCUCGUCCGGUUCAUCGUCGUCUUGCUGCUCUAGCACCGGUUCGGUUUCGGCAGUCGGCGUUAUGGGCGCCGCUGGCUCUACAGUGAAUGCUGCCAUCGUAACUACACCAUCUGUGGUAAGCAGCAAUGGCGGUGCGGUGAUUACGCAGAAAUUGAGCAGGACAAUUCCAUCAGAUAAGAUAAAUUUACGUUUAAUACUCGUUAGUGGCAAAACAAAAGAAUUCCUAUUUAAUCCAUCAGAUUCUGCUGGUGAUAUCGCACAAACAGUAUUCGAUAAUUGGCCUGAAGAUUGGGAGCGUGAAGCCGUCUCCAAGGCCGAAAUAUUACGUCUCAUAUAUCAAGGUAGAUUUCUACAUUGCAAUGUAACUUUAGGCGCACUGGGACUUCCGCUGGGCAAAACGACUGUUAUGCAUUUAGUGCCGCGUGAUAAUUUGCCAGAACCCAAUUCGCAAGAUCAAAGGCAGAAAAGUAAAGGCGGUUCCAGUAGAUGCUGUUCAACGACAUGCUGUAUUUUGUAACUAAAUUAGCUCAUAGUAAAUAAAUUAAUUUAAAUAUAUAUAUAUUAUAAUAAUUAUAAUACAUACAUACAU